GAUUAAUUAUUGGACUGAAUGAUCAAGUGAAUUCUCUGGGAGUCAUCAUGUAUUCUUUGGUGGCACAGAUGUUCUUACUAUUACUAUUGCUACAAAAUGACGUAACAUUUGGAAGAAAUGUCAUGGUCCUUGUUGCGGAUGAUGGUGGAUUUGAGAUGGGAGUUUACAACAAUACUGUCAUCAAUACACCUCACCUGGAUGCCCUAGGAAAAAGAAGUCUUGUGUUUAACCAUGCCUAUACCUCUGUCAGCAGCUGUUCACCUAGUCGGUCUGUCAUCAUGACAGGACUACCACAGCAUCAGAAUGGAAUGUACGGGCUACUCAAUGGCUAUCAUCAUUUUCAGUCCUUUGACGAAGUGAGAAGCUUGCCUCUGCUUCUCGGCAAAGCAGGAGUGCGUACAGGAAUCAUUGGAAAGAAGCAUGUUGGUCCAGAAUCUGUGUACCCAUUUGAUUAUUCUAAGACUCCAGAGGAUGGUUACCCCAUCAUGCAGGUCGGUAGGAACAUCACGCUCAUCAAACAAUAUGCAAGGGAAUUUCUCCAGGACAAGGAUGAGAGACCAUUCUUUCUGUACAUUGGUUUCCAUGAUGCCCAUCGCUGUGGUCAUACGCAUCCUGAAUUUGGUCAGUUCUGUGAGAAGUUUGGCAAUGGUGACCCUGACAUGGGUACCAUAGCUGACUGGAAACCGGCCAUAUAUGACCCUCAAGAUGUGCUGGUGCCGUACCAUGUUCAGGACACGCCCGUAGCCAGGGAUGAUAUUGCUGCGCAGUACACAACAGUUAGCAGACUUGAUCAAGGUGUUGGUCUGAUGAUGGCUGAACUAGAAGCGGCAGGGUACCUGAACGAUACCCUCGUUAUCUACACGUCGGACAAUGGCAUACCAUUUACCAGUGGACGUACCAACCUAUAUGAGAGUGGGUCUAGAGAACCCUUUAUGGUCUCUUCCCCUUAUCAUCAAGAUCGAUGGGGCCAGACUAGUGAUGCUUUUAUCAGUCUCAUGGAUAUUACACCAACAGUCCUGGAUUUCUUUGGUAUCAAGUACCCCAAGUAUAAGAUCUUCAAGGGAUCAGUUGAACUGACAGGGAAGUCCCUUCUGCCGGCGUUGACAUCGGAACCUACGGGAUGGAACGUGAGUCUGUCCAGUCACGACCUGCACGAGAUCACCAUGUUUUACCCUCAGCGUGUCAUCAGGACUCCGCAGUAUAGGCUUAUUCACAAUAUGAACUUUGCCAUGCCGUUUCCCAUCGACCAGGAUUUCUUCAUCUCGCACACAUUCCAGGACAUCUUAAACAGGACUAGGGAUCACAAACCCUUGAACUGGUACAAGACGCUCAAGGAAUACUACUACCGACCCGAGUGGGAGCUCUUUGACCUUUUGGCUGACCCCACAGAGGUCAAUAACCUUGCUCAUGUGGGCAAGUUUCAAAAACUCAUUGUGAAUCUUAAAAAGCAGUUGUUGGAUUGGCAGACAGUCACGAAUGAUCCCUUCAGAUGUCAUCCAUGGGGUGUAUUAGAAGAUGCAGGGGAUUAUAAGUACAACCCAACAUGUCUUCCUCUAGAUAAUGGAUUAUAAGUCAUUCAGUUCUGGGCCCCGUUGCAUUAAAAGUUACUACAUUAUGGUAACGUUGCCAUCCAAUGGUAGCUACCAUGGUAACAAUGCUCAUCAGCCAAUCAAAAUUAAGGAUUCCAUAAAAGAUACCACUGGAUGGCAAAGUAACCAUAAUGGUAACUUUAAUGCAACAGGACCCAGGAAGGGAAUGUCCCCAGAACAAAGGAUCAAGAUAUAUUUGUGUGCUUUUUAGGACAUCAGUCAUCGAGUGUGUAUGCACAUAAAAUACACACUGCCAUGUGAACUUAAAGGGGGUUACAAAGUGUUGAUUAUGACUUUCAAAGAACUGCAAUCAAUUCCCAGUUUGAUGCAUCAUGCAGUACAGUAACACAGCACUCUGAAGGUAACAUUAUGUAGUACAAACCCCAUGUGCAAUUUCAAAGUGUGUUUUUUUAGGUUGAAGGAGAUUGAAACUCUUGAAACCAGUUGAAUUCAUGUAUAAGAGAAAUAUCAGCGAAACAGAUCAAUGAAAGUUUGAGGAAGAUUGAAUAAAUACUAAGAAAAUCAUGAGCAUUUGAAUAUUGAGGUCACUAUGCUAUAUACAUGUAGAUCCUCCCAUUGGCAAUGCGAACAAGAUCUGUAAUGCUGUACUGUACAUACAACUUUCUCAUGUAAUUCCACUUGAAUUUUCUCUUUCAGAUGUUUUUUUUCAGAGAGAACAUGUAAUAGAGCUUUCACAAUGCAUUAUGGAUGACUGGUUUGUUAUGUUAAUCAUUGGAAUGAGUAUGACCUUUUAUUUUUCUGCUUUCUCAUUUAUAGUAACCAGGGUGUCAUUCUCUUUUGAGCAUGACAAUGUUUAUAACUUUGUGAAACAUCCCUUGCAAUCAGCUACAAAUACAAUAGAUUGCAAACUUUCUUUUCUUUUUGACUAGCGAUGUGCUUUUGAACUGCAAUGGAUAGCUAAACUUUUUUUAAAUCUUUGGACUGACAAUGUGUAAUUGUGUUAUUGAACUGCAAUUGAAUUCGUAAUACUAGGUUGGAUUGCAAAUUUUCUUGCAAUGCCCGAUUAAUUUGGUUAUAAGAAUAUAUCCUUUAAAACUAAAUUAACUUAAAGCCAAACUCACGAGGUCAAAGUGAGCAAAAAUAUUAACUUUGUAAGUCUUUUAAACUUUAUAUCAUCAUAAGCCAUGAGUUUUUAAAUUCUGGGGGAUGAUAAUGACAAUUAUUGUUUAAAUAUUCUCUUUGAAUCUAGAUUUUAUUUUGCAACAUUGUACUGAAAACUAUUCUCUAGAUAUUACCCAAGAAUAAUAGCCAUUUGUUAAAUUCUCUGUACUAACGUUAGGGGGUAGAAGUAGAAAACUAAUUAUUACAAUUGUUGAAUUGUACAGAUAUGCAGAAAGUAUUGUUUGCAACGGGGGAAGCAGUCCGGACAUCAUAAAGUAAAAUCCAAGUCGGCAACACAAAUAUUUAGCGCAUGUUGGCACUUGCAUAAAUGUAGCACAGAAGGCCAUCAAUCAAGAGAAUGUCAUGCAUAUUUGGGAUUUUGUUUUGAAAUAAAACUUUACUUAUUUUU